AUGAUGAAACGCAAGGCUGAGAAACAACAGGGCGCUGGCCCUGUCAGUGCCAUCGCGGCUCGCAAAGCUCGGCAGCAAGCGCAAAAUGUGACGGCAUCGAAAGUUGAAGUAGUGGUUGAAGCGCCUGCAGAACCACCUUCAAAAAGGCCGCGACGAUCUCUUGAGGCUGAUCAAUUGACCGAGAUGAGUGGCACAGAGUCCAAGGGUCGCCAGACAAGAUCAGCCAAAAACCAAGAAGUGCCAAUCGCUUUAGACACAACCACAGGGCGGCCAAAGAAAGCAACCCAGGCCAAUCCCUCAAAAUCGGAGCCCGAGGUACUGGCAGCUCAGGAGGAACUUGAGAAUGAAGAUUCGGAGGAAGACAUCGCUGGUGGCCCGGAAGAGAUGGAUGAGGAUGAGGUCGCAUCUGUCGCUGGUGACGCCGACGGCUACGAAUCUCCGACAGAAACAACUGAAUUGCAGAAUUUCCCCUUGUCCAAGGCUAGGCUGAACAAGAACAGCAUAGUCUAUGCGGAUGAUAGUGUUCUGUGUAUUCGCAUCAAAGAAAAGACGAAUUUGGCUCUCAUAGGUCAAUACGAUCUCUGGGUCAAGCGGGGAGUUGUCAGCCUUAUGGGCGCGAAGUUGCAUCCCUCUCCGCGGGUAUAUAGGGUCUAUGCCCCCUCAACACACUCAUUACCUAUUAUCAAGUGUGUCUCUGGUGUAGACGGCGAGGCAGAGGUGCAGAUUAAAUCCUGCAAUAGUGGUCUCUCUCGUCUUCGGGACGUGUCUCCGCUGUAUCAGAAGAUCUGGAACGGACAGAAUACCACUGCGGAUAAAGCUACUCUGAAAGGUGCAUCGAAAAAUUCGCGGCGGUCUUUCUCAGUGCUGUACACAUCGGGAGAGGAUCCCUUGAAACGCCAUCUGCGGCCUCUUCAUCUUGACAAAAAAUGGAGCGCAUCCAUGAAAGCGCUGUCUCAGCGACAAGGGCGCCUUCGAGUCCUCGUGUGCGGUCCCAAGGCGUCUGGAAAGUCUACUUUCAGCAGAUACCUGCUGAAUCAUGUUCUCAGCCCUGCUCCCGAAACGGAAAACGGGUUCACUAACACCGAUGGUGUUGCGUUCCUUGACCUGGAUCCAGGGCAGCCAGAAUUCGCGCCUAUGGGUCAGGUCUAUCUCGCACACCUCCGGGCUCCAUUCUUUGGCCCUCCAUUCACCCACCCUUCACUCGACUCUCGCGAUGGUCAAAUAUUACGAGCUCAUCAUAUCGGGGCAACCUCCCCGAAAGAGGAUUCUGACCACUAUGCCCUGGCUACAAUAGAUCUUCUGGAUCAUUACCACUCAUUGCUGGCACAAUAUCCCCAAUGCCCUUUGAUUGUUAACUACCCGGGCUGGAUUUUCGGGCAGGGAUUAGAGGUGGCCACAUGGCUGGUCAAAUGCCUCGGCCUCUCUGACGUUGUCUAUAUGAGCGAAAAGGGUCCCCAAGAGGUCGUGGAGCCUCUACGAUUUGCUGCAAAUGAGGCCCGGGUCCCGAUGACCAUUUUGCCAUCCCAACCAACUGACUUUGUGAGCCGUUCGAGUGCUCAGUUACGCUCAAUGCAAAUUCAGUCCUACUUUCACUCAUCUCAUAUUUCGGUUAUCAGCAGCCCGAUUUGGUCGGAAACGCCUUUGUCCCGCACGAGGCCAAUGGCUGUGGAUUACGCUGGAUCGAAGCAGGGUAUCUUGGGUAUUAUGGUCAUGGGCUCCCAGAUCAGCCCCGACAUGCUCCGUGAGGUUUUGGAAGGGGCUGUUGUCGGAUUAGUAGCGAUCGAGUCCCCAAGUGCGAUCAUGGCUGCCCUGCCCACUGAAUCGGCUAAAAUGCCCGCCGACAACUCAGAGGACGAGAGUGAUGACCAUAUGGACAUGGACUCAGAAGAACAUCAACUGAAUAGCUCAGACUACUUGUCUCCCGCCGAAAGCAUUGUCAGAACACCCGAGGGUCUGCCAUAUUUCUUCACUGGAUCUGGGAGCUGCACCCCUCUGAACCCCAAGGCUUCCAACUGCCUUGGUCUUGCACUGAUUCGUUCCGUGGAUGUCAAAUCACAAAAGAUUGAGCUCUCCACUCCUGUUCCAUCUUCUCGUAUUCGCGAGGCCAUUGAGCAAGAUCACAGCCUCAUGUUGGUCCGCGGCCAGCUGGAUAGUCCUAAUUGGGCUGUCAGCGAAGAAUACUACGCUGCUCGGGCUGCGGAGCGACGCUAUCAGCAGGUUGUUGUCCGUGCCAAAAAGGGUGGAGAGUCUGCUGCAGACACAACGCGACACAAUAAAACACUUGCGCUACUUCGGGACAGGAUUCGCCGCGCAAGCAAUGUACCCUGGAUGAAGGUUGUGGAAGAUAAUAGCCGGCAUCAGCGGGAAGCUAAUGCGCGACGUGAGAAAUCUCUUUGGAAACUGAGAAAGAAGGCUUACCCAGGCAGUGACAGUGAGCCAGAUUGGUAA